AUGGGUUGUCUCUUAUAAACGAUGAAAUAAAGAAAUUAUUAGGUUGUUCAUGGAUAUAAAGAUGGUUAGCAAGAAUAAAAUGCCAAAAAUGUUGACAGUUAAUAAAUAAUUGAAUAAGUUGUACAUCUCGAAGUACCAUUGAUACAAGAGGAUAUCUCAGAUUUGUUAACUGAUAGUUCUCUUGACAAUUAAGAAAUUUAACUAAUUGAUGAAUCUAUCAGAUUAAGAAAAAUUAAACUAAUGAAAAUAAAAGAUCCUGAAAAAUUCAAAAGACGUAAUUCAUUACCAAAUCCAAAUAAAAUUGACACAGAAUAAAAAAAAAUAAGAAGAACCUUUUCAUAGGAUUAGAUAGUAAAUAGUAGUAUUUCUAUUAAUAAUUUGUAUUAUUAAAAAUUCCUAAGUUAAUAUAAAGCAUAUGAUUAACCUUAAGAUGAAUAGAAACAUUAUCUUCCUUAAAAUAUAGAGCAAACUGAUUUAGAAAUUAGCGAAGAAAAUUUUUCUUAAGAGAAUUCUUUCUCGUCUAUGAAAUAAUUAGUUUCCUUAUGCAAAUAUUGUACAAAAGAAAUUUAGGAAGAUGAAUACUAACUUGAAUGUUUUCAUUGUUAUCAUGCAAAAUGUUUAGAAGAAUUAAUACUAAAUAAAAUUGAAGAAGACUAAUCUUUAAUUAGUUGUAUAUGCCAUUAAUCAAUCAAGACAAAACUAAUAAAAUAAAUUCUAUGUAUAAAUAAUGAAGUAAAAUACUUAAAGUUGUUAGAAAAUUAAAUCACAGUUUUGAAUUCAACAUUAUAAUGA